UUCAGGUGAUAACUCUAUUCUUGUAACCAGGGAUGUGCCACUGACAACAGUGAUGCGGAUCCAAAUGCACGUUUAUUAGCGAGGUCAGACAGAGAAACUCCUGCUGAAGCGACUGAGCUCCACUAUUAUAAAGAUGGCCUUUAUUAAAGAGGAGAGUGAAGACCUGAAGAUUGAGGACACAUUCAGAGUCAAACAUGAAGAUCCUGAGCAGCUAACAGAGCUGAUGGAGCUGAAAGAGGAGACUGAACUACUCCAUGAAGAAGAAGAGAAAGAUCAAUAUAAGAAGCGUCUUGGCUUCAAAACUGAAGAAACAUCUUUUAGUUGCUCAGACACUAAGAAGACUUCCUCAAAGAAAAGAACCCAAAGAACCAGAGAUGAAAAGUCUUUCCUCUGCCAACAGUGUGGGAAGAGUUUUAGGCAACAUAGGCAACUUAAGGUCCACACGAGGAUCCACACUGGAGAGAAAUCUUACUCCUGCCAAGAGUGUGGAAAGAGUUUCAGUCAAUCUUCUUCACUUAAUGUCCACAUGAGGACUCACACAGGAGAGAAGCCUUAUACCUGUGAGCAGUGUGGAAAGAGUUUCAGACAAAGAAAAACCCUUGUUGGACACAGAAGAGUUCACACUGGAGAAAAGCCUUACACUUGCAAACUGUGUGGAAAGAGCUUCAGUCAAGUUGAAGGGCUUGGAAUCCACAUGAGAAUUCACACUGGAGGGAAGCCCUUCACCUGCCAAGAGUGUGGGAAGAGUUUCAGCAGUAAGGAAACCCUCAGAAAACACAUGACAGUUCACUCUGGAGAGAAGAUUUUCACCUGCAAACAGUGUAGAAUACGUUUCACUCAGAAGGUCAGCUUUAAGAAACACAUUUUAGUUCACAAUAGUGAGAAGCCUUUCACCUGCAGUCAGUGUGGAAAGAGUUUUGAUCAAGAAAAACAUCUUAAAGUUCAUAUUAGAGUUCACUCAAGAGAGAAGCGCUUCACAUGCUCUCACUGUGGAAAGAGGUUCAGUGAUAAGCACCGCUUUGAAGACCACAUGAGGAUUCACAAUGGAGAGCAACCCUACACGUGCACUCACUGUGGAAAGAGUUUCAGCUACAAAGGUAACAUGAAUGCCCACAUGAGAAUCCACACUGAGCAAAAGUCUUUCACCUGUGACCAAUGUGGGAAAAAUUUCAACCAAAUAGGACACCUUAACAUACAUAUGAGGGUUCACACUGGAGAGAGACCCUUCAGGUGUGGUCACUGUGAAAAGAGUUUCAAACAUGAUUCGGGGCUUAAAUACCACAUGAAUAGCGCUCACAAAUGUACACAUUAGGUCAGUAGGUGGAGAAAGUGGUGUUUUGUGGCUGAUCAAACACAUUUGACCACAUUAUGGAAGCAGAUUCUGUUCAGACACCGUUUUGACAUGUGGGAACCUCCUGCUGUCCUUAGUGAAACCAAUACUAAAGUGGCUGAAACUGCAGGACAAAGUAUAAAGACUGCAUUGGUUUUUGAGUGGUGUUAGAUUUGAGUGCAACUUUGAAACUGUGUGUCUGCUAUAUCAACUUAAGAGUUGGCUUGGUAUUUUCUGGCACUGUACUUCAAAUGUUUAAAUAUUACACAUGGCUAGUGUUGCACCAGCUGAUCAUAAGUCCUUUUUUCCCUCAAUGAUUUUGGAACUUUAACAUGUACAACCCCAAAUCAAAAUAGUUGGGACAGUAUGGAAAACGCUAAUGAAAAUAGAAAGUAGGGAUUUCUAAAUGUACUUUGAUUUGUAUUUCAUUGAAGACAAUAUGAACAGAAUAUUUCAUGUUUUGUCUGGUCAUCUUCAUUUCAUUUGUAAAUAUUCAUCCUUUCCUGUCAUUCAGACCUGCAACACACUCCAGGAACAGUUGUAAGAGGAGCAGUUCAGGGCUAGUUAACAGGUAAACUGGUGAAAUAAUGAUGUGAUGUGAAACAGGUGAUGUCAACAGGUGACUGUGAUUAUGAUUUGGUACAAAAGCAGCAUCUAUAAAAGGUCUAGUCCUUUAGGAGCAAAGAUGGGCUGAGGAUCGCCAGUUUGCCAACAAAUAUGAGAGAGAAUGACUGAACUGAUUAAACACAAUGUUCCUCAGAGAAAGAGAUGAAGACAUGUGGAUAUUUCACCUUCAGCAGUGCAGAACAUCAUUACAUCCUCAAAUACCAGUGAAAAUGUACUGUGCCAAAAGGAAGCCCUAUGUUAACAGUGUCCAGAAGCAUCGUCCACUUCUCUGGAGGUUUCUGGGAUGGACCAUCACACAGUUGAAACGUGUACUGUGCUCAUAUGAAUCAGUAUUUCCGGUAUUUUGGGGAGAAAUGGACGCCGUGUGCUCAGGACCAAAGAAGAAAAGGAUCAUCCAGACUGUUACCAGCAACAACUCCUAAAGCCAGGGUCUGUCACGGUUAUGUUCAGGGACUAAAUAUUACUUUAAUAAAUAUACCUGUUUAAUAAA